CCCUGUUGUUCUGGCUCUUUGGGAACCACGGGGGAACCCCGUGGGCUAAUCGGGAAACCAAUCCCUGUGCCUUUCCCCUCAAGGAACAUGGUGGUGGCUUUGAAGGAGCUGUCCAUCCGGGGCGACUUCAGGACCACCGUGGAGUACCUCAUCAACCUCCUGGAGACCGAGAGCUUCCAGAACAACGACAUCGACACCGGGUGGCUGGAUCACCUCAUCGCCGAGAAAGUGCAGGCCGAGAAGCCGGAUAUCAUGCUCGGGGUGGUGUGUGGCGCCUUGAACGUGGCCGACGCGAUGUUCAGAACCUGCAUGACGGAUUUCCUGCACUCGCUGGAGAGGGGCCAGGUCCUCCCUGCGGAUUUUCUGCUGAACACUGUGGACGUGGAAUUAAUUUACGGAGGCGUUAAGUACAUUCUCAAGGUGGCCCGGCAGUCGCUGACCAUGUUCGUCCUCAUCAUGAACGGUGGUCACAUCGAGAUCGACGCCCACCGGCUGAACGACGGCGGGCUCCUGCUGUCCUACGACGGGAACAGCUACACGACCUACAUGAAGGAGGAGGUGGACAGUUACCGGAUCACCAUCGGCAACAAGACGUGCGUGUUCGAGAAGGAGAACGACCCCACGGUCCUGAGGUCGCCCUCGGCCGGGAAGCUGACGCAGUACACGGUGGAGGACGGGGGCCACGUGGAGGCUGGGGACAGCUACGCCGAGAUGGAGGUGAUGAAGAUGAUCAUGACCCUGAACGUGCAGGAAAGUGGCCGGGUGAAGUACAUCAAGCGCCCGGGGGCCGUGCUGGAAGCGGGCUGUGUGGUGGCCAGGCUGGAGCUCGAUGACCCUUCCAAAGUGCACCCGGCCAAGCCGUUCACAGGGGAGCUCCCCGUCCAGCAGACCCUGCCCAUCAUGGGGGAGAAGCUGAACCAGGUCUUCCACGCCGUCCUGGAGAACCUCACCAACGUCAUGAGCGGCUACUGUCUGCCGGAGCCCAUCUUUAGCAUAAAGGCAGGUCUCGUGUGCAGGGCGGUGUGUCUCCCACACACGUGUAGGUCCGUGUGACGAGCUAGAAGGGUUGGCUCCCUGAGGUCAGAGGGCUCUACUGAUGCCCGUUCAGCCCUCGGUUUGAUUGUACACGUCAGGGUACUUCUGUCUGAUUGUACAAACUGUCGUAAAAGUGACAGUUGGUGUUUCAGGGUUUAGUUCAGCUCCACACUGAGAAUGUUC